AUGUUGGUGCCAGUAUCCAUUGCCUCUCUUGCCAUCGCAGCACUUGCAAAUGCUGCCCCUUCAUCAAUCAAGCAUGUCGUACACGAAAAGCGAAGUUCACCACCCUCGGAUUGGACCAAGGGUUCUCGUAUUGAAGGAAGUGCAAUUGUGCCAAUGCGGAUUGGUUUGACCCAAACCAGUCUCGAUAACGGCUAUGAAUACCUUAUGGAAAUAUCUGACCCAGAUUCUCCAAAGUAUGGCAAAUAUUGGUCAUCAAAGGAAGUUCACGACAAGUUUGCUCCUCCAGAAGAAACUCUCAAAUCCGUCAAAUCUUGGCUCACCUCCUCCGGGAUUCAUCAUUCUCGAAUUUCCCAUUACGAAAAUAAAGGGUGGUUAGCAUUUGAUGCUUCAAUUGAAGAAGCUGAACGUUUACUUCAAGCCGAAUUUCAUGAGCAUGAACAUAAGCAUAGCCCAAGUGUUCGAGUUGGAUGUGAUGAAUACCAUCUCCCAGAGCAUCUCGUCCCACAUAUUGACUAUAUCACACCUGGUGUCAAGCUUGCACCCGUCAAGAAAAGAAGUGUAAAGACCAAGCGAUCCACAUCUUACCUUUCCAAGCGAAAGAACCGCCUUGCAAAGACAACUUCACCUGCGAAAAAUUAUCAGUGGACGCCACCUACGGCUGCCAAUCUUUCCAGCGAUUUGCAAGGCUGCGGUUCAAAUAUGACACCUACUUGUAUCAAAGCCUUGUACAAGAUUCCAACAGCUACAUUGAAUGCUUCAGGUAAUUCCCUCGGAUUGUAUGAACAAGGAGAUUACUUUGCAAAGUCGGAUCUCGAUCUCUUCUAUACCGAGUACGCUCCUUGGGUUCCUCAAGGAACCUACCCUAUUCCAGCGCUUAUUGACGGUGCAAAUUUCUCUGUCCCUGCCUACAGUAAACUCAAUGGAGGUGAAUCUAAUAUCGAUAUUGAUAUGGCUUUUGCUCUUCUUUACCCCCAAACUGUUACUCUUUACCAAGUCGAUGAUCAAAUAUAUGAACCAGAAGAGGUCGCAACCACUAAUUUGUUCAAUACCUUCCUUGAUGCACUUGACGGAUCUUACUGCAACUAUACUGCGUAUGGUCAAACCGGAGAUGAUCCUUCAAUUGAUCCAGUGUACCCCGAUCCCCAACCUGGUGGAUGGAACGGAACACGCCAAUGUGGAACCUACAAACCCACCAAAGUUAUCUCGGCAUCCUAUGGUCAAGCUGAAGCCGAUCUCCCCAUCGCCUACACCAAACGUCAAUGCAACGAAUUCAUGAAACUCGGCCUACAAGGCCACUCAAUCCUCACCGCCUCCGGUGAUUACGGAGUCGCUUCAUUUCCCGCUGACGGCAACACCAACGGCUGUCUCGGUCCCGAAGGCACCAUCUUCAACCCCCAAUACCCCGGCAACUGCCCCUACAUAACCUCCGUCGGCGGAACCAUGCUCUACGCGGACCAAACCGUCCACGAUGCCGAAUCCGUCAUGCAUGUUGAUCUCGGCGGCAGUGCAUCCAACUUCACCAGCGCAGGAGGCUUCUCCAACUAUUUCCCCAUCCCGUCCUACCAACGCUCAGCCGUAGCCACAUAUUUCGCAACCGCCAAACUCUCCUAUCUAUACUACUCGGAACUGGAAGUGGACCUCAACACAACCACCGGUAUCUACAAUCGCAUCGGACGCGGUUACCCUGAUAUCUCGGCAAAUGGCGCGGAAUUCCGCGCGUAUCUUGGUGGGCUCGAUGAGCAUUGGUACGGAUCUUCACUGGCGUCUCCGCUGUUCGCAUCGGUGUUGACGUUGAUUAAUGAAGAGAGAUUGGCGGUGGGAAAGGGGUCAAUAGGGUUUGUGAAUCCGGCGCUAUAUAAAAAUCCCGAGGUUCUUAAUGAUAUUGUUAAUGGGACGAAUGUGGGAUGUGGGACGGAGGGCUUCUCGGCGGUGGAGGGUUGGGAUCCGGCGACGGGGUUGGGGACGCCGAAUUAUCCGAAGUUGUUGAGGUUGUUUUUGGGUUUACCGUAG